AAUAACUGAUCCAUCUAUCCCGCACAAUCACACCUUUCCUCUCCCUAGGGUUAGGUUCAGAACAAAACGCACCGCACCGCCUCUCGCUGCCGAAAUGAUGCAACCUGCUCCGACAGGCGUGGCUCCGCCAACAAUGCCCCAUCAACCACAGCAAUACCCUCCACCGCAACAACAAUCACCAUACAUGAUGAUGCCGCCACCGGCUGCUCAGGCACCACCCCAGAUGUGGCCGCCGCAGCAGGUCCAGCCACAGCCCCAGCAUCCCCAGCCUACCAGCGCCGAAGAGGUCCGCACCCUCUGGAUCGGGGACCUCCAGUACUGGAUGGACGAGAACUAUCUCUUCACUUGUUUCGCUCAGUCCGGCGAGGUCAUCUCGGUGAAAGUGAUCCGUAAUAAGCAGACUGGUCAGUCAGAGGGUUAUGGCUUUGUUGAGUUUUCAUCCCGUGCUGGGGCAGAGAGAGUGCUUCAAACGUAUAAUGGCACUAUAAUGCCAAAUGGCGGGCAGAACUUCAGACUCAACUGGGCAACUUUUGGUUCGAGUGAGAGGCGAUCAGAUGAUACUUCUGAUUUCACGAUAUUUGUGGGUGAUUUGGCUCCUGAUGUUACUGAUUACAUGUUACAAGAGACCUUCAGGGCACGUUAUCCAUCAGUUAAGGGUGCAAAGGUUGUAAUUGAUAGGCUCACUGGUAGGACAAAAGGCUAUGGCUUUGUUAGAUUUGGAGAUGAAGGUGAGCAAUUGCGAGCUAUGACGGAGAUGAAUGGAGUUCUUUGUUCUUCAAGGCCUAUGCGAAUUGGUCCGGCUACAAACAAAAAUACUGUUGGAGGUCAGCAACCAAAAGCUUCAUACCAGAAUUCUCAAGGGGCCCAGAACGAGAAUGAUCCAAAUAAUACAACUAUAUUUGUUGGCAAUUUGGAUCCUAAUGUUACAGAUGACCUUUUGAGACAAGUCUUCAGCCAAUAUGGGCAAUUAGUGCAUGUUAAGAUACCGUCAGGCAAGCGGUGUGGCUUUGUUCAAUUUGUUGACAGAAGCUGUGCCGACGAAGCAUUGAGGAUGCUAAAUGGAACUCAGUUGGGUGGACAAAACAUAAGACUUUCUUGGGGUCGUAGUCCUUCGAACAAACAGACGGGUAUCUCUGCUGGUGUUCAGCCCCAGCCAGAUCCAAACCAGUGGAAUGGGGGAUAUUACGGAUAUGCAUAUGGACAUGAAGGCUAUGGUUAUGCCCCUGCUCCCCAAGAUCCUAAUGUGUAUGGAUAUUCCUAUGGAAAUUACCAGCAGCAGCCACCUCAGCAGCAAGCUGGGUAUAGCUAAGAAGUUGGGCUUCUUCUGUGGCUACCUUUGUUUUCAUAUAAUAUUAUAUUUAAUAAAAUAAAUUUGGCAGUGAGAACUGUUGGAAGCUACCUUGGACCUCUUUUCCUGUCUUGUUAAUUGAGAUGAAUGUUUCUAGAUUUCAAUACAUCAGAAAAUAUUUUCGAGGAGUGCAGCUGGAAAAUCACUGGAAUUGCUAGAAACUGCAUGUUGCAGGCUGGUUUCUGUUUUGAACGCACCCUUGUACUUAAUUCUGUCGUAAUUAUGGUUAAGAGUUCUGCUGUCA